AAAGUUGUAUCAUUGUGUUCCUCCAAAAAACCCAUCGGUGGAAGACUUUUUUCGCGGCGGUUUGGUUCCUCUUGUUUUAUCCACUCCUUGGGAAACCUCUAGUCAAACCUGGAAGUUUCCUUUUCAAACCAUUCGAUCAUUUCUUCAUCCCGUUGCCUUUUCUCUGUUCUUGAUAGCUCUUAUUUGGUGAUGAGAUCGUUUCUUGGUUAUCUACAUCGUUGAUGAUCUCUCGUCAGGCUGUUUGAUCGUGGGUCGGCUGCUGCAAGUUCAAGGACAAUAAGGCAGAUUUUUGGGGACAAUCAAACAAAAAAUCUUAGUAUCCAUAUUUGGUCUUUCCUUCUUAGCUCUGGGGAACAAUUAAGCUGGAUCAAGCUAAGGAUUCGAGAGUCUAGCACUUAAGAUCUCUGGGUUGGUGCUCUCAGUCACUGAAGGCUAACAAACAACAAACCUGCUCUGUAUCUCAUACUGCUAAUGGUUUGUGAUAGCUAAGAAGGAUAUCAGCUCACUAGGCAAACCUUCUUUCUUACUGACAGUGAAUCAUCUAUCUCCUCUGGAAUAGAAGUUGACAGAAGGGCUCAAGCUGUAGAUAUUUACUAAGACCACUAUGCUUCUAAAGGGGUUUCACAAACUCUUCCUGGCUGUGGAACCAUAUUAACCCCUGCUAACAGAAAAGCAUCUGGCCAUGGCAACAUUUUCUUACCUAAAUGUUCCAGAGAAGAGAAAGUUCAUUUAUGGUGGAUCAGAUCAGCAUCACCAUGAGAUUUACAGCCAACAGUUUUAUCCUAGUUCUGUUGUAGAUGAGUUUGAUAUACGACCCAACUUCCACAAUCCGAAUGAUGCUUCUAUGAAUGAAUUGAUUUUUCAAUAUCAAAACACAGCUCGAUAUCAGUCUCUAGCUAGUUCUGAUUCUUCUGAUGCUACUCAAGACUUGUCUAAUUCCUCAGAUUCAUCUAUAAGGAGACAUCUUCAAAAUGUUUCCAGUCCAGAGAUCAGCCUUAUCUUGGACACAAGUUUGGAAGAUUGUGAUACGGGUGAAAUUAAGAAGAAGCUUGAAGAAAUUGAAAGAAAAUUAAUGUAUGAUGAUGAUGACAGAAAUGAGUUUGGUGAAGGACAGGAAACUUGUAUGGAUGGAGAAUGGGCUGAAUCAAUUGAGAACCUUUUGCUGUCAGACUCCCCAAAAGAAUCGUCCUCAAGUUCAAACCUCAGUGGCAAUAAAGAAGCAUCUACUGCUCAAGUCACCAGUCCUCUCAAGUGUUUGCAUGAAGUAGUGACAACCCCGAAGGAGAUGCUUUACAAGUGUGCAGCAGCAGUAUCUGAAGGGAGACUUGAAGAAGCUUCUAAGAUGAUCAAUGAACUGAGGCAGAUGGUAUCAAUUGAAGGUGACCCUAUACACAGAAUUACAUCUUACAUGGUUGAAGGUCUUGCUGCUCGUCUUGCUAAUUCUGGGCACGGCCUCUAUAAAGCUCUCAAAUGCAAAGAACCACCAACUUCAGAUCGUCUCUCUGCCAUGCAAAUACUUUUCGAAAUAUGCCCAUGUUUCAAGUUUGGAUUCAUGGCAGCAAAUGGUGCGAUUGCUGAAGCAUUCAAAGAUGAAAAGUGUGUGCACAUAAUUGAUUUUGACAUAAAUCAAGGAACCCAGUAUGUAACUCUAAUCCAGGCCCUCUCUACCCAGCAGAGCAGUAAGCAGACCCGUAUUAGAAUCACAGGUGUGGACGAUCCUGAGUCUGUGCAGCGUGAAGUUGGUGGUUUGAAAAUCGUAGGACAAAGACUCGAAAUGCUUGCAAAGCUAGUGGGUGUGCCAUUUGAAUUUAGAGCUGUACCUGCUAAGACGUGUGAUGUGACUCCAGACAUGCUGGACCUUCAUCCUGGGGAGGAGGCAUUGGUGGUCAACUUUGCGUUUCAGCUUCAUCACAUGCCAGAUGAGAGUGUCUCCACGGUGAAUCAACGUGAUCAUCUUCUCCGGAUGGUAAAGAGCCUGGGUCCAAAACUGGUGACGGUUGUGGAACAGGAUGUGAAUGCAAACACAGCACCCUUCUUGACUCGGUUCCAUGAGGUGUACGAGUACUACUCUGCUGUGUUCACGUCAUUAGAUGUGACAAUGCCGAGGGAAAGCCCUGACAGGAUAAAUGUGGAGAAGCAGUGCCUUGCACGUGAAAUAGUAAACAUAGUAGCGUGUGAAGGAGAAGAAAGGAUAGAGCGGUAUGAAGUUGCCGGAAAAUGGAGGGCACGAAUGAUGAUGGCAGGAUUUGAGCCAUGUCCGCUGAGUAGUUAUGUGAACGACACAAUCAAGACACAUCUGCAUAGGUCUUACUGUGACAGAUAUAAAUUAAAGGAAGAUAAUGGUGCUCUUUACUUUGGUUGGGAGGACAAGAACCUAAUUGUAGCCUCAGCUUGGAGAUGACGAGGCCGAUGUUCUCCUAUAAAUAACUAGUUUAUCAGAUGUAAUGGUUGGUAACGUAGAUGUUCUCUCUAUUCUUAUGUUUGUAUGCAUGCGUGUCUGAUUUGUAGGCUGAACAAAUAUGGAAUCAUGGCAAAUCUAGUUUCCUUUA